AGCCUUACUGUACACAAAUUCUAGGAGAUCUUGGCGCAGAAGUAAUCAAGGUCGAACAUCCCGUAAGAGGUGAUGAUACUCGAGCAUGGGGGCCACCGUAUGCCAGCUACAAGUCCGGUUCGUCCAUGGAGGGACCGGGUGAAUCGGCGUACUUCCUAGGAGUCAACCGAAACAAGAAGUCGCUUGCCCUUUCAUUCCAAGAUCCAGCGGGCGUGGAGAUUCUGCAAAAGUUGGCGUCCAAGUGUGACAUCCUCGUGGAAAACUACGUCCCCGGAUCGCUCAAGAAGUACGGCUUGGACUAUGAGACCCUCCGCCAGAUUAACCCAGCACUCAUCUACGCAUCCAUUACCGGCUACGGACAGACUGGGCCGUACUCAAGUCGGGCUGGCUACGAUGUUAUGGUGGAAGCCGAGUUUGGCCUCAUGCACAUCACCGGCAGUAGGGAUGGGCCACCGGUCAAGGUUGGCGUGGCCGUGACGGAUCUCACCACCGGAUUGUAUACGAGCAACAGUAUCAUGGCGGCCUUGCUUGCCCGUGCCAAAACCGGCAGAGGACAAUGGAUUGAUGCGUGCUUGAGCGACUGCCAGACGGCCACCCUGGCGAACAUCGCAAGCAGCUGCUUGAUCAGUGGAAAAAAAGACUCUGGUCGGUGGGGAACGGCCCAUCCCUCAAUUGUUCCAUACAAGGCAUUCGAAACCAAGGAUGGCGACAUUCUCUUGGGCGGAGGGAACGACCGCUUGUUCGGAAUCUUAUGCGACGGGCUGGGUCGUCCGGAAUGGAAGGAUGAUCCAAAGUACAAGAUUAACGCGCAGCGGGUAGCGAACCGGGUCGGGCUUGAGGCGGAGAUCGAGAAGACCACAAAGACCAAGACCACUCAAGAAUGGCUUGACAUCUUUGAGGGUAAAGGCAUGCCCUAUGCUGCGAUUAAUGACGUUUUCACCACCCUCACUCACGAGCACACCCUUGCUCGCAACAUGGUGGUUGAGGUAGAGCAUGAAGAGUGCGGGCCCAUCAAGAUGGUGAACUCGCCUGUCAAGUACUCGGAGACGAGUCCCACGAUUAGAAGUCCGCCACCUACACUAGGACAGCAUACCGACGAGGUCUUGAGGGAGCAUGUAGGCUUGAGCGACGAGCAAAUACGGCAGCUGAAGGAGAAGGGAGUGGUUAGGUAAUGGUUAUCGUGGUAGUGUAGAUGGGUGGUUUAUACUUGUCGAGUUGUUGUUAGCGCAGCAUCCAAAAUGAAGGAUGCCCCUACAACAUCGUUCGAUUUUGUUUUGACGAGUGGAAGGGUUAGGGUAAUACGUGCGUCUCACGUGUGGUC